UCCAUUCAUAUUACAAAAACAAGUAACGGAUUUACUAAUUCAAGUAAAAUAAAAAAAUUCCUCACCACAAAAGCACAACAAAGUUACUCUCCCAAUACAAGUAUAAAUAAAGCAUUUCAAAAUAGUAAGUUCCAUAAAAAUAUUUAUUCCUAUCACAAAGGUUGCUUUCUAUCCUAAAAAGAAAAAAAGAAAAUAAUUUUUUUUAAAAAAAUGGAAAAAUCAACUCUUAUAAUGUUGAUUGCCAGUACUAUUUGUUCAUUUUCCCUUGUGGGAAUUAGCGAUGGCUCAACAGAAAAAAAAGAAGAGAAAAAAGAUCCUUUACUCGUUGUACAGGGACGUGUCUAUUGUGAUCCUUGUCGUGCAGCAUUUUUAUCCAAUCUUAGUGAGCCUUUACCAGGUGCGGGUGUGCAGUUGCAAUGCCACCAAUUCAAAACUAAAAAACAGGUGUUGAGUAUCCCCGCCUUGACUAAUUCCAUCGGAUCUUAUCGCAUACUUUUAGAAGGAAAUCAUAGUGAUGAAAGUUGUGCGGUAUUUUUGAAAAGCAGUCCCAGAAAAGAUUGCAAUACAUUUAUAGGAAAUAAUGAGUAUCCUACAUUAACAGCAAUUGAACUCUAUGGCAAAAAAUUCAAAAAUGGACAAACAUAUGUAACAGAACCUCUACGUUUUCUUACCAAAGAAGUCUCAUCAAAAUGUUCACCAGAUUGGGAUCGAAAAUAAAUUUCUCAACCACUUUUUAUUUUUCGAGAUUGGAUUAAUUCUCGAUCUACUUUUAAAUAAGUAUUUCGUGAUAGCUAAUAUGUCUCACGAUGUUAUAAGAAUAAAAUAGAUAGUUGCUGCACUGUUUUUAGAACAUUUGCAAGUAAAUCUAUUCGUAGUUUAACUUUUAGAAUUUUGCUCAGCAUCAUAUGUUUAGCAUAUGUUUUGCUCAGUAGCAUAGUUUUUAUUUUUGAGUUAGAAAUUGCAAGUAUAAAUGUAUUGUCUAUGAGUUAUUAAUAAAAUAUUAUUACAUUUUUUUUA